CAUCAGAAGAUGAUGAUGAUGAUGAUGAUCCAAUGUAGUAAUGAAGUGUAUGUAAAAUAUUUACUAGUUUACAGUAUUCUAACUGGUUUUUCAUUCACUUAUGGACAACUUAACAAUUCAUCUACUGAUGAUAAUAUUCUUGUAACUACUAACAAAUCUAUCUUUGAACUAACUACUACUCCAUCAUCAUUAAAUUUCACUUCAAGUGAAUUAACAACUAUUACACCUAGUAGAGAAAUAAGUUUAAAUGUUACACCUAUAAUUGAUCAGUCUACUACUGAACAUUUUGAUGUCAACACUGACUUGGUUAAUACUACUCCCAUAACGAUUACAUUGGAGAAUAAAACUGUUGAAAAUAUCUCAUCAAGUGUUAUUACUUUGACAACUUCACAGCCUUUUAUGGAGAAAGUUACAGAAUCACAACGUACUGAUUCGAAUACAGAGUUGAACAAGGAGAUACAAACAACAGAACAUCAACAAGAAACUGAUCAAAUCACUAUGUCACAAGGAAGUCAUACAAAGGUUGAAAACACUACAAUUUCAGAGAUAGGAAGUAAAAAAAGUGAGAAUCAUACCUAUAAUAAUAAAGUUUUAAGUCCAGUUGCCUUAAUCGAAGAACAUCAUAGAAUAGAAAAAGUUUCACAUAUAACUACUGUUAAUGGUAUAUCAACAAGAAAAGUUGAUUAUCUUAUACAAUUGUUAAGUUUAUUUGCGAUAUUGGUAAUUUAUCAAUAAUGAAUCAAUACAAAUCAACAAUGGGACAAUAUAUAUAUAUGUGUGUAUUGUGAAAAAUCUCAAAAACUACUGUUAUAUCAUUUUUCUUAUCACUAACUCACUAAGUCAUUAUAAUUAAUUUUUCAUUCUCUUAAUUAAUAAAACUUGUAUCGUUAAUAUUAAUAAAAUGUUAAGCUUUGUAUUAUUAUAAUCCGCUUUGUAAUCCAUCUAUCGGCUAUUAUUUGAUCAUAUUUUGUUCAACCCAA